UUCAUUCGGGGGUGUCUUCUUUUUUGUUUGCAUGUUUUCUCUUUUGCUGCGCAUUUGCACCUGUCGGCCACCGUAGUUAGGAGCAACAGGACAGUUCAGGCUAUGAUUCAAUUUCGUCUUUCUUUAUGGAUUUAUUUGGCCAAUUACAAGCUAAUGUAACUUUUGUGGUUUUGUGACCCCAAUAAAAAACUACCCAGUUCAGCCACUGAUCUGUAGAUCAAUUGAUCUAAGUAGAUCAACAUAGAGGUUAAAUUGCUUCUUCACUCCAAUAUUAGUGAAUCAUAGGGAUGCUUCAUUAAAAGAAAUGUUUUUAUUUGAGAGUUUAUCUGCACUUCAAAUGAUUCAGGAAUUGAUCUGAAAUAAUUUUAUUCAAAUAUACAGAAAAACCAAAUGACAAUUUUCAGCUGCCCAAGACCAAGAGUGUAUAUCUACGCUAUACACCUUCAACUGAAAUUAUUCACACAGUUCAUACAUUUGGACCUGGUUCACACUGUAUCAGUCUUAGAAACUUGUCCUGCUGCAUUUAUUAUGAGUUUAUAGACCAUCAGAUAACACAUCUGACUGACAAAGGAAGUCUAUCAUGUGACACCAACUAAAAUGGAAAAUUUGACCAGCAACGUAUCUUGUGACCUGAUGACUGUGACGUUACACAUUCAUUACUCCUCACUGGAAAACAUGGCAGGCUUUCCUUAUUCCCUGUUUUCCAUUCAGGUGCUUGUCAUGUUUGCCACAGCAAUCUGAUAUUUGGACUGCAACAUUCAGUUUCUCUACUCAUGCUCAGGUUUUAUUUUCUUCCCAAGUUUCAUUGUUUUUCCGAGAUAGUAUUUAGAGUAUGCUAACAAGGUGUAUUUGUCAUCAAACGUGACGCAACCAAAACUGGUUACUCAGGUCCUGAAAGUUUGCGGCGGGGUAUAAGACGAGCUGUGCUGGUUUAACACAGGCUGAUUUGUAUCAUGCUCGGCUGAAAAUGACCAUCAAAAAGCUUCUUAUUGAAUACGACGCUGUAAACAACAGGAACACUUUUACAAAUGGAGAUACCAUAAAUGGACGGAUAAUCUUGGAGGUCUCAAAAGAAACAAAAGUUCAGUCGCUUCUUUUCAUUGCUAAAGGAAAAGCAAGAGUUUGCUGGACUGAGCAUUAUGGCCAGAACCAAACUCAUGUAUACUGGUCUAAUGAGAAAUACUAUAGUGUAAAACAUCAUAUGAUAAGGGAAUCAAGACAAGAUGGCACUGAAGUCAUUAGUGGGGGAAGACAUGUUUUUCCUUUUACCUUCAAGAUACCUGACAGGAAAAUGCCAUCCUCUUUUCAGUCAUCUGUGGGCAGAAUUGUUCAUAAGUUGAAGGCAGAGCUCAAACAGUCAAUGAAGCUGAAAAAGAAAGCUAAGAUUCAUUUCAUGUUUGUGUCCAAAGCCGACAUGGACACACCAGGACUCUUGGUUCCCCAACAGGAAAGCAAAGAUAAAAGUCUUGCAUUUGGUUCUGGAAAUGUUUCGAUGGAUGUCCAUGCAAAGAAAAUGGGAUACACACUUGGUGAGGCCAUGAAUGUCCUCAUUCAAAUCAAUAAUACCUCAAGUCGUUCAGUAAAACCCAAACUUGAACUAUAUGAGAAGAGGAGCUUCUUCGCUCAGGGUCACCGGAAAGUUGAGACACGCACUAUCCUAAAGGAAAAGUCAGAUGUUGUUGAAGGACGAUCCGGCCAAAAAAUGGUUACGAAGAUGAUCAACAUCCCCAGAGAGCUUACCCCGUCUAUUCUGAACUGCUCCAUCCUGAAACUGGAAUACAGACUGAAAGUGUACCUUGAUAUCAAAUGUGCUGCAGACCCAAAAGUUAAACUCCCCAUUGUCAUUCUCCCUGAAGAUAACAGCAGAGAGUUGGGUGAAGUACAACCACUUCCUCCUGCUGGGAUUGGACUUGAAGCAUUUGGAAACCCAAACCCACAAAUCUGGGGCACCACAUCAGGAGCGAUGAGUCCUCCACCUCCCUAUGAAGCAUCUGCCAUGUAUCCCUCCUUCCCCUCAGAUUAUAAGACUACCUUGUAAUAUCAGCAUAUCAUAUUUUUCUUCUGUAAUGACCACAAUACUGUUGUACCUGCACUAUUUACUUUCCACUUUGUGGUUAGACACUCUUGUUAUGUGCAGAAACUUUUAAAAAAAUUUUCUUUCUAAAUCGUAAAUUAAAUCAUGACAGAUUUAACAAACAACCAUGACAGUUUUGAAUGACAGUGAAUGUAAUUUUAACAAAGCAGUGCAUUGUUAAAAUGGUUGUUUGUUAUUUUAACUACAGAGAAAAUAUUUCAGAAACUGUGCUUCUGAAGCAAAACUUUGGUAAAAACUUAACUGAAAUUAGCUAUUAUCAGUAAAAGGGGAAAAAUUAGACUUAAAAAAGACAUUCUCUACCAGAGAUGAAGCUUAUAUUUUCUCCAGAGAAGUUAUGUUCAUGAACUAGUCACCUCUAAUCAGGUGACACGAUAAUGGGCGCUCUGAUUGGUUGAGACGCUGAAGAUGUUAACCCUUUCCGAGCUGGAGUACAUGUUUACAGUAAAGAGUACAAAUAUUUCACAACAUAUUUUUGAUGAUAUAUCAUGUCAAAGUAGCUCCCAAUGAUAUUAUGAAAUAUAUUAAAGUCUCAUCUUUAGACUUCUACUUCUUCCAGCCUGUGAGAGUUGAUAGGUAUCUAUGCACUUUAAACAUCCCACUGUCCUCAUACAAUCGCGGAGAUGUUUCAAGUGAAGCAACUCCUAACACAAUUCUGCCAUUUAAAUGGUCCUAUUUUCAGGCAACUUUUUUACAGCUUCUAGUAGAUACUAUUUUGCCAUUUGUUAUCAUCUCAUUUUCACACAAUUAAAAGAGGCACAUAGAGCAUACAUAAAAAUAAAAACAAGCUCAAAUAAGUAUGUAGUAGUAAGGGAUGUUAAUAGGAUAUGCAUUUACAUGGUGCACAUGGACAUUGAGGUAGAGAUGAGUCGGUUGGUGACUUCUGUGGACAGUGCCCUCUGCUGAUUGGAAAAAGUCAUCUCCGUAUCUGUAGUCUUGUCCCUCCCCAUCCUUGCUCUGUAAUAACAUAGAUGCAUUGCUCAAGUGUGCCUUCAACUAAAAUAAUUUAAAGACAACAAAACUCAAAUAUUUGUAAUUUUUUUUUAAUUAUAAUGUAAUGUGAUGCCCAUGUCCUGUUGUAUAAACGAUUUAUACUGACCACCUCUUUCUGUUAGGCAGGUGAAAAUCUCCAUGUCACUGCUAAAAUGACCAAUCUUUCUAAUCGUUCAGUCAAACCCAAAUUUGUACUGGACAAAAAGAAGACAUACAAUGGAGGAAAUUAUAUCAAAGUUGAUAAGCAUGACAUUCUUCAGGAAAAGGCUGAUGCUUUGAAGUCAUGGAGUGGCACAAAAACUGUGACUAAGGUUUCUACCAUCCCCAGAGAGUUACCUUCAUCCAUUCUAGUUUGUCCUAUUCUCAAGCUGGAGUACAGGUUCUUGUAUAUUGUACUAAUAUUUAUGUAAUUAAUGACAUCAAAAUGAAAAUAUUAAAUUAAACAGUA